GUGUAUAUCUGUGUGACCAUACAUAUCUGUGUGACCAUACACAUCUGUGUGACCAUGCAUAUCUGUGAAGUGUAUAUCUGUGUGACCAUACAUAUCUGUGUGACCAUACACAUCUGUGAAGUGUAUAUCUGUGUGACCAUACAUAUCUGUGUGACCAUACACAUCUGUGUGACCAUGCAUAUCUGUGUGACCAUACAUACCUGCUUGCCGAUAGCG